CGGAGACUUAAGGGGCGGUGUGAGGCGCAAACGUCACAGCAGCGUUCGCUAGCAUAACCUCGCUGUGGCGUUACCAAGGGCGUCGUUGCUAAGGAAGAAGUUAGGGGCCCGCAGUGGCUGAUGGGAUAGGAGAGGUUCUGAGGACGACUUGUGAGGAUUGUGUCAGGGUGAAAUGCAGCCAGCAAUGGAACAGAGUCCUGAAGCGGGAGGGACAGUGGUAUGUAACCGUAAGGACGACUAUAUGGAGAGCGGUGAAGGAGACGUGAGACUGCCAGCUGGAAACCCUGCAGGUACAGAAACUGGUGAUAACAAGGCAGUGGUGAGCUCUGAAAAUACUUCAAAGGAGAAAGACAGCGGCCCCAGGUUAACCAAAAAGUACCUAAGAGAACUAUGCAAGCAACAGAAAUUGUAUACAACACCAUAUCUCAAUGACACUUUGUACUUACACUACAAAGGAUUUAUGCGUUUGGAAAAUCUGGAGGAAUACACAGGUCUGAAAUGCCUUUGGCUGGAAUGUAACGGUCUGCAGAGAAUUGAGAAUUUGGAAGCGCAAAACGAACUGUGUUGUCUUUUUUUACAUCAAAACAUCCUUAACAAGAUUGAGAAUCUUGAACACCUUCAAAAACUUGACACCCUUAACCUCUCUAACAAUUAUAUCAAGACUAUAGAAAACCUAUCUUGUCUUCCGGUCCUGAACACUUUACAGAUCGCUCACAAUCAGUUACAUACAGUAGAAGAUAUAGAGCACCUUCAGGAAUGUCCCAGCAUUAGUAUACUUGAUUUAUCCCACAAUAAACUGGAUGAUCCUGCAGUAAUCGAUAUCCUGGAAAAAAUGCCUAACUUGGUAAAUUGUAAAAGAAGCUGGAAGCAAGCAUUAUUCAUCUUACUCUACUACCAUUUUUCUACAUUGCUUCAUGUAUUAAACCUAAUGGGAAAUGGACUCAUUAAAAAGAUUCCUAAUUACAGAAAGAUGGUUACAGUGCGAUUGAAAGGGUUAACAUAUCUGGAUGACAGACCAGUAUUUCCAAAAGACAGAGCAUGUGCAGAAGCUUGGGCCAGAGGAGGUCGAGAAGCUGAAAUCGAGGAGAGAGAGCGGUGGGAGACCAAAGAAAGGAAGAAAAUACAAGACAGUUUUGAUGCUUUAUCUGAAGUCAGGAGGCAAGCUGAGGAUAGGAAGUGCAGGAAGGAGAUGGAAAAAGAAGGAAAUGAACAAACAGAUAACACAAGAGUCAUUGAGGUGGAAGAGAAACAGUGCAGGAAUGAAGAGUCUCAAGAGAAGAUUCAGAGAUUUGUUGAAGAGACUUUAGAGGCCUGUGAGGAGUUGACCACUGACAUAAAUUGUGAAUCUCCAAGAGGUCCUCUUAUACAGAUUCUGAAGGCCGUUGAGCAGAAGCCGGUUGAGAUGUGUCCUGAUGUAGAUCGUGAUCAACAUACAUUUACAGACAGAGACUACAGGGCUGGAAAUAAAAACAGGUUACCGAGUGUUGAUGCAGAUUCAAGCUGUGUCAUGUCAAGUGAAUUACAGGAAGUGAUGAACACGGAAGGUUCUCUGACCACUGGACUGAUUGAUGUUGAAGAUAUAGAGAUUGUUCCUCUGAAGGCCACAGAAAAGCUGUAUAUUAAUGAUUUGCCAGACUUGGAAGAUGUGACCAAUGAUGAUCUGACCCCAGACAUGCAGGACAUCAUUACUACUAGUAAUAAGGUAUAUCGACCAAAGAUUGAAGUGAUAUCUGCAGAGAGUGAUGAAAGUGAUGGUGAAUGGGAGAAAGAAGACUUGAUCACAAGCAUGGGGGACAAUGAGCAGCCUAGACAACACUUAAUAAGUUUAUUUACAAAAAAUACUGAUGACUUGUCAGUAUCUACAACUAUUCAGCCCAAGUUGACAUUCAAGCCUAAAGGACCUCUCAUCCAGGAAAUUGUUCAGGAACAUGUGGAUGAAAGAGACCACAGAGAUGGUCAAAAUGGGAACCUUGGUGAGGACUUACUGGAUGCACCAAUGUUGGAGAAUAUCAACAAUGUGGAUAAGACAGCUGAAGAUUCAUCAACCCCUGGAAAGGAGACUACAGAAAACUGCUCAUAUGAUUUGGAUUAAAAUAUAAAAUAAAUAGCUUAA